UCAAACCUGCAAACAUCAUGCUAGAUGAAGAAGGUCACAUUAAAAUCACAGAUUUCGGUCUAGCGAAGAUUAAUAUUUUCGGCAACAAGACCAUCACUGGCCGGGCAGGCACAAUGGGAUACAUUGCCCCGGAGAUCCUAAACAAUAGGGAAUAUACAGCAGCAGUAGACUGGUGGGCCCUUGGAAUUAUUAUCUUCAAAAUGGCCACCGGUGAGUCCCCAUUCUUGGAUGGAAGCGAUGAGGAGGAGCAUACUGACUCUGUCAUCUACGAAGAGCCUGUAUUUCCUCAGUGGCUUGACGAAGACCUGGUAGAUCUCCUAAAAAAGGUGAUAUAG